AUGUCCGACUUCAGGUGGCCUGGACCUCUCAGAACGGACCCAUCCAAAAGAGAUCAUAGUAAAAAAUGUGCCUACCAUAAGGAGCAUGGUCACACAACGGAGACGUGUAGGAGCCUCCAUUAUUUGGUCGAAAGGCUCAUAAAGGCGGGACAUUUGAAGCAAUACCUCCGCUCAGAUGCCAGAGGUAGAGACGCUUCCCGAAAUCACAACUCUGGAACCCCCAGGGUUCCAGCCGCCCCCAAAGCCAUUAUAAACUAUAUUAACGGAGGCCCAUUGGACGAGGAGUACGACUCCAAACGAAAGAGACAGAGAUUGUUGCGGGCAGCAUCGGUGUGUGAGCACGUCAACUCCAUACGGCCUGGGAUAACUGGGGGGGAGGGGCCCUCGCCCCAUAGAUGGGACAAUCAUUUUCCCACCAGUAGACCCCACACGGAUAUUGCAGCCGCACCGCAACGCCCUCAUUCUGUCUUUGGAAAUGGGAAACUUCGAUAUAAGACGCAUCUUAGUUGA